ACUGCCUGACGAUUAUGUUAAAGGGCAGCUUUUAAAUUCAGUGGCAAAAUGGUGUGCGUUAUUAAUUUAAUUAUGUUUGUAUGAAUCGGUAAUAAAUAGUGUCAGACAUAAGCCAGAGUAAUUUAAAAUUGUAAAUGCUUUAAUAUAUUAUCCUCCACCAAUAAGAGGACAGAAUGUUUCGGUCAGUGUGACGUACUGGCCAGGAUCAUCUCUAUGGUGCCGGUUUUGACCCGGAAGUAAUUGUGUUAGAGGAGCGGUGGAAGCCAGUGAUCGUUGUGUUUGUGUGUUUUUUUUUUUUUAUAAAUGUCAAUGAGAGGACCGAUCGUGUCAUGCUGACUGUCACUUAUGUUGUUAUGUGGCAGAGUAACUGCUUUAGUGUGAAUGGGAUGCUUCUGUUUGUUGCUUCUGUCUGUCAUUUAAAACAUGCUAUAAUACAUGCAUAAUGAGGUGUUUAUAGUAAGCACCUAUUUGUGCUGCUACUGAGUCUCAGGCUGUGCAUAACAGGGUAUUAUUCCGUUAAAGGCAGUCGAUAGGCCUGGGGUCUGCAGCUCAGGCUGUCAUAGAGAAGGGAUGUAGGGAAAAUUAUUGUAUAUACGUUUGUUAUUGCUUCAGGUCUGCUCGUGGCAUUGUUUUUACGUUGUGUAACAGGGUGUAUGAGAAGGUAUAAGGUUAUGUUACACUGUUACAAUAUAAACACCAGCAAAUCAGUGUAGUAUGCUAUAGAGUUUGUGAUAGAGUAGACUAUUCUUGCAGAUCAGUGUAGUAGUACAAAAGAUAUUUGUGAUAGGGUAGUUUGUUUAUGAAUCUGUGUUAUGGCUGACUGCUGGUGCUGAUCACUGUGUGACUGGGCAGACUGCUGCAAUCCUGUGUCUGUCAGGACCAGACUUCAUUUAAUUGUAAUAAAGGCUGCGAAAAACGUUUUGUACGUGCAGUUUAAAUGGCAGAUUCCACAGGAGAUAGUGGUCUGAAGAUUUCUUUCUGUGGUUAGCCAAACAAUAUGAUCUCCCAAAGAGACAAAGGGGACCUUGCCCGGUUUUACACAGUCACUGAUCCUAGACGGCACCAGAAAGGAUUCACCAUCUACAAAGUCACUGCCAGGAUUGUUUCAAGAAAGAACCCAGAAGAGGUGCAGGAGAUAAUUGCCUGGAAGAGAUACAGUGAUUUUAAGAAGCUACACAGAGAUCUCUGGCAAAUACAUAAUACUAUCUUCAGGCAGACAGAGCUGUUCCCACCCUUUGCAAAAGCUAAACUGUUUGGGAGAUUUGAUGAAAGCGUCAUAGAAGAAAGACGCCAGUGUGCUGAAGAUUUACUGCAGUUUUCCGCAAAUAUCCCAGCCCUUUACAACAGUAGUCAUUUAGAAGAUUUUUUUAAGGAUGGAGAAGUGCAUGAUGGAUCUGAUCUGAUUGGUCCUGCUGAAAGUUAUUCAGAUUACUGUACAGACAGUCUGUCAGACUGUAGCUCGGAUGUUAGAAAAGAUUCCUGUGGAUUUGAUGAUCUGACAUUUGCAAGCCAAUCUGAAUGUGGAGGUCUCUCAAGUGACAGUGAUCUGAUUUCUUUGACAGUGGAUGUGGACUCUCUCUCUGGGUUAGAUGAUGGAAUGGCUUCCAACCAGACAUCGCCCAGCAAACCAUUUGGUGUCCCUCCAACUAAAGAAGCAAUGACACCGAGCUUUUCAGCAUCUGGCCAUGAGGGGGCUGAAGCAGAAAGAGAGAGCCGCAGUUUAUUUCCUGCUAAACUGAAGCAGAAACUGGGAAGAGCAGAUUACUUGGUGAAGGCGGGCGAGUUGAUAAAUAUGGCCAUGAAGAAAGAAACUGAGCAGGACUUUGAAGCUGCAUUUGGCUUUUACAGAAAAGGGGUUGACCUGCUCUUGGAGGGUGUACAAGGAGAGUCUAGCCCAACACGACGUGAAGCUGUGAAGAAGAAAACGGCAGAGUAUCUAAUGCGUGCUGAGAACAUCUCUCGCUUGUGUUUCCAACCAUCAGCAGAUGACAAUGUAUUUAACAAUCCUCCAGGAGCACGAAGUUCAAGGCCCACUCGGAACCUAAGGAGUCCUGCAGAGGAACUGAAGGUCUUCAGAGUCCUUGGGGUGAUUGACAAGGUUUUACUUGUUCUGGAUACAAGAUCGCAAGAAACCUUUAUUUUAAAAGGUCUGAGGAAAAGCAGUGAGGUCUGCGGUAGCAAAAAGACCAUUACUCCCCGCUGUGUUCCCAACAUGGUUUCUCUCCACAAGUACAUCAUCUCCGAGGAGUCGGUGUUCCUUGUGCUGCAGUAUGCAGAAGGUGGGAAAUUAUGGUCCUGCUUAAGCAAGUUUUUUAGCAGAAGUACAGAAGGAAGUUUUGAUGUCCUUGUUUCUAAAAGCACUAAUUCAGAUGAAGAUCUCAUGAAAUGUAUAGCGGUUUGUCCAAAAAAUAGUAUGGAGUCAAGAGGAAGUAGCGGCCAUAACUUGCUUUCAGUUCAACCACUGGACGGCAGUCUUACGUUUAGUUCACAAGAUGACAGCAGUACUCAAGAAGAAGGUAGAGAGAGUCCUCUUAAAUGGGUCGAUUCUGCAUCAAGCUCUGAAGAAGAGUGUACCACAAGCUAUUUGACUUUGUGUAAUGAAUAUGGAAAGGAAAAGAUUGAAAAUGAGGUAUUGAGUGAAGAACCAUUGCUCAGACUAGAAGGAAAUGAUGACGAUGCCAAAGAUUUAACUGUUUUUAACAGUCUUAGCUCACAGGCCACUUGCCAUGAACUUAAAUUAUUUAAUGAAGAGUCUGAGUUUGCGGUUGAUAGGCCAAUGUCUGAUUCAUUAAGUAAAUCCAGGAAUAGUCCAAUGGAAUUUUUUAGAAUAGACAGUAGGGAUAGUACUAGUGACAUUCUUGGUUCUGAAUUUGUAGAUAAGGUUUUUGGCCUAAAAUCUGAAACAUUAAAUCCAUUUUCAUCAUUACAAGAUGAUGAUGUUGAAGUCAUAGGUGAGAAUACAGACAUUGACAAGCCACCUAUCCACACUCACGAUACCAUAAGCAGAGGUUCCAAUGACUCUGUGCCUGUUAUAUCAUUUAAGGAUGCUGCUAUAGAUGACUUUAAUAUAAUUGAUGAAGGAAGGCCAGAUCUUCUAGUUAAUUUGCCUGGUUCCGAGCAAGUAGAAGAAACACCAAUAACUUUUAAAAGCCUUCAUGUAGAAAGUGAUAUAAUGGAAUCUAAGCUGCUCGAAACUCCUGAUGUUUUACAGGUCAAUAACAAUUUAGAACAAUUUAAUACUCAGCAAGGAAAUAUACUCGUAGACGUUGGUCAUGUGACUCAGGUCAGUGUUGAAAACACUAAGGAAUCAUUUGCAUCCUGUACUAUCAAUGAUUCAGAACCAUCAAGAACGCUCAGUGGUGAACAGCCCUCACUUCAGGAAUCUGAUCCAUUCUCAUUAUUGCAUCCAUCAACUAAAGAUCAAACCUCUCACAUUAUCCCUGAUAAAAAGGAAUAUGAAGGGCAAGAAGCUCCACAGUUUGAUGUAUCAGAGUUGUCAACAAAAGUCCUGCAGCUAGAAAUCAAUGUUGAAGAUGUAGAUAAAAGUAGUGAUGGAAAAACAGAAUUACGGGAAGAGAAUGAGAUCCACAGAAUAUUUCAAGAACUUGAUGCAAAACUAUCAGAAUCUUCGCAGUUUACCAUUCCAGAGACCUGCAUUCAGAGAUGGGCUGCUGAAAUCAUUCUAGCCCUUGACGCUCUACAUAAAGAAGGAAUUGUGUGUCGCGAUUUGAACCCAAACAACAUCUUAUUGAAUGAAAGAGGACACAUUCAGCUAACGUAUUUUAGCAGGUGGAGUGAGGUUGAAGAUUCCUGUGACAGCGAUGCGAUAGAGAGAAUGUACUGUGCCCCAGAGAUCGGAGGGAUUGCAGAGGAAACUGAAGCCUGUGAUUGGUGGAGUUUGGGUGCACUUCUUUUUGAACUUCUCACCAGGAAGGCUCUGGCUGAGUGUCAUCCAGCAGGAAUAAAUACUCAUACAUCUCUCAACGUGCCAGAAUCCGUGUCUAAAGAAGCCAGAUCUUUCGUUCAGCAGCUUUUGCAGUUUAACCCUCUGGAGCGUCUUGGUGCUGGAGUUGCCGGUGUUGAAGACAUUAAGUCUCAUCCUUUUUUUGCUGGUAUAGACUGGAUGGAGCUUACAGUUUGAAGAUACCAUUGGAAGAAGCACUGAUCAAAAACUGCAAUGGGAUUUUGCACAUCAAAGACAAUAGAGACUUCUUGCCAGAAGAGCAUUUAGUGGGGGGCACAUCUGUGCACAGAUUUAUUAGCAUUAAAUACCUUUGUAAUUAAGUUGUGUUACAGCAGCAGAGCCAUUGUUAUCUUGUACAGUAAUGUGCUCCCUGUAAAGAUAUUGCUCUUUUUCUCUACUAAACCUAACCAGGGCAUUACAUUAAAAAAAGUCUCCAUAAAAUACAUAGUUACUAAAACCA